AGAUAUAAUGAUUUCCAAUUGUACAAGAACAAGAAAACAAGAGGUUUGAGACAGAAAAAGAGGAAAAUACAAACAUACAAAUAUACAGAUGUUCAAGAUAGUGCCCAGAACAUGACUCGUUUAUCUUUCAAGAACCGGUUCUAGUUUGUUAACAAAAACAACAACAAUGGGAAGACUUUUCCUCAUUCUAGCUUUCCUUCUCACGUUCAAAGACAGUAUCGGCGGUCCUCAGGAGAAACGUCUACUGAAGAACUUGAUGACGGAUUACAGUACAUUAAACCGUCCUGUGCUUAACGAAUCAGAGGCGCUUCUUCUCACAUUCGGGGUUACUCUACAGCAGAUCAUUGAUGUGGAUGAGAAGAAUCAGUUGCUAAUAACAUGUCUUUGGUUGAAUCUGGAGUGGGAAGAUUAUCAACUUAAGUGGAAUAAAUCAGAGUUCGACGGAGUUGACAGUGUCAGGAUUCAUCCAAAGUUUUUGUGGACUCCCGACCUUCUGAUGUACAAUAGUGCUGAUGAACAAUUUGAUGGAACUUUCCAAACCAAUGUGGUGGUGUCCAGUGAUGGAAAAUGUCUUUACGUUCCACCUGGAAUAUUCAAAAGCACUUGUAAGAUAGACAUUACAUGGUUUCCCUUUGACGAUCAGCUUUGUGACCUCAAGUUCGGAUCCUGGACCUACUCAGGGUGGAAGCUGGAUUUACAGUUAAAACAAGAUGAUGGUGGGGACAUCAGUAGUUUUAUCAAAAAUGGAGAAUGGGAUCUAAUAGGUGUACCCGGGAAAAAGAACAGUGUGACCUAUGACUGCUGCCCUGAACCCUAUGUGGACAUCACGUUCACAAUUCACAUCCGGAGACGCACUCUAUACUAUUUCUUCAACCUGAUUGUUCCUUGUGUUCUCAUCUCGUCAAUGGCUCUCCUUGGGUUCACACUUCCACCAGACUCGGGAGAAAAGCUAACUCUGGGGGUUACCAUUCUACUUUCACUGACUGUUUUCCACAACAUAGUGGCUGAGGCCCUCCCAAGGGUAUCUGAUGCGAUGCCCCUCCUAGGUACAUACUUCAACUGUAUAAUGAUGAUGGUGGCCAGCAGUGUGGUGCUUACAGUUGUAGUUCUCAAUUACCAUCACAGAACUGCAGAAACACAUGUCAUGCCUAUGUGGGUUCGAAGUGUAUUCCUACAAUGGUUACCCUGGGUGCUAAGAAUGAAUCGACCAAAGAAGAAAAUCACAAGAAAAACAAUUAUGAUGAACAACAGAAUGAAAGAGUUAGAAAUGAAAGAGAAAGCAUCAAAGAGUUUGCUCGCAAAUGUUCUAGAUAUUGAUGAUGAUUUCAGACCGCUGUCAGUGGGUGGAGGGUUUAUGAGAGUUAAUGGAAACCCUAUGGAGAAUAAUGUAGGACAUAAUCAUAAUCAUGUUCAACCUCCAGCUACUCCUUUACCACAGGGUAGUUGUGCAUCUAGUAGAGAACUGCAGUGUAUUCUCAAAGAAAUUAGGUAUAUGACAAACCGACUCCGGAUGCGAGAUGAUGAAGAGGAAAUAGUAUCAGACUGGAAGUUUGCUGCUAUGGUUAUUGACAGGUUCUGUUUGAUCACGUUCACCACCUUUACCGUGAUCACAACUAUAGCAGUUCUCCUCUCAGCUCCACAUAUCAUUGUAGAAUAAAUAAAUUUAGUGAAUAUAACUUACUUUAUACUACUCAAACUCAGUACACAUGUACGCUCUAUGCAGCAUUAGUGUACACUCUGCUUUAUUAGUGUACCAUCUGUACAGAAAAAGCGUACACUGUGCGUUCUGAGCAGUGAGCAUGUCAGCAUGAAGCAGUUCAAAGUAGAACAAAAAGCAGUGAAAAUGCUCCGAGUACUUUCUGCAUACAUUCUUUUCAGAGAAUAUUAAUGUAUUUUGCAAAAUCUUCUAAAAAAGUGAUUUGUCUAAUUCUAAAAGACGCAUUGAUUCAUUCAGAAUUCAGAAGAAGAAAAUACAAUCUUUAAUCUUUAUUUUAUCCCUUUUUUUGUCUUUGGCACAAUGUGAGACUGCUAUUAAUCCCAUAAACAUUUGCGCUGCUGUAUUCAUAGAAAUAUCUGAUAAAGUUUUAUGUUAAUUUUAUAAUGACCUUUAAGGAAGACACUGGCUAUGUAACAUAUUUGAACUAAGAAUGCAGUAUUUUAGAGAUAAACGUUAGGCUUCAUUUGAUAACAUGAGUUAUUUUUACAGUGUACAAUUUUUAAAUAAGAGCAUAGAGUCGUUUGUACUAUUUCAUCAAUUGUUUCAUCCAGCAGAAGAAACUUUUUUUACAAUUCUUUUUGGACAAAACAUGUAAUAAAUACUAAUCUACAAACUAGUUGCAUGUAUGUAUAGGAACAGGUUGAGAAAAAUAAUGAACUUUUAUCAUUGAAAAUAAGUUAUUAAAAUUAAUUUUAAAAUCUUGCAGGUUUCUGCAAAUUCUUUUAGCUAGGGUCGCUUUAUUUUUAUUGUGAAAACGACAUUUUGAAGAAAUCGGCGAAAAAGAUAUAGAAACAUCAAGGAGGAUAGUGAUAAUGAAAUUAUCGAUUCUGUGGUUCUACUAUGACUUUCAUCGAUAAUCUCUUUAAUAAAAUAUGUUCCUAAUUAGCAAAUUAUUAUAAAUUAAUUUUUUUUACAGAUUUUUUCUGGUUAAAUAAAUAAUUGCGAAAAACUUUCUUCUGCUGGCUGAAACAACUGGUGAAAUACAAACAACGUUACUCGCUUAUUUAAAUGAUGUACACCGUAAAAAUGUAUCAUUGGUAUUAAAUGAAUCCUAAAGUUUUCUCUACAAUACUUCAUUCUCAGUUCAAAUAUGCUACAUAGCCGGUCGCUCCCUUUAAGGUUUGAAUUAAAUUAUUUUUACUUCUACAAUUGCACAGAAAUAAAAGAAAUCAGUUUUAACUAAGAUAAAAAUAUUAGUUAGGUCUUUGCAUAUCUUUGAGAAAUAUAUAUUGAUAUACAAGUUCACCUUGUAUUUAACUUAUUCAGGCACUACUAAAUACUGAAAAAUUAGGUUCCGACGCAAAUGCCAAAUUUUUACUAUUUAAAAACUUGUCUGGUUUUCUCAAGCCUGUGCAUGUACUCUCUUGUUAAAAGCUUAUGUUUAACUUGGGGCGUAACCAAAGCUUGGUUUGGUUUGAGCCUAAAUCAACGAUAUGGCGGGCAUAUUCAAAAUAGAAAAAUUAUUAUGUGUCAACAUUUUUAUUCGAAAAUUACUUUUCUAAUGCUUGUCGAAGCCAAAACUUUUGAAGACACUAUCCCUUUGUAAAAAAGUGAAUCUAAUGAUUAAAACUGUGCUAUUAUUGUAUUUUAAUCUGUUUGUAAUAUAGUCCCUGAUGUCUGUAGUAAUAUUAGAAACUGCGUGAAAAAAAAACCUUAUUCUAAAAUAAAAAAUGUAAUAAUUGUUUUCAUAUCUUUGUAUCAAACUGUUUCUGUUUUUGCUAUUCGAUGUUUUCAAAUUAAGACAAAACAAGUUUUUUGUCAGAAAAUUUUUUUUGGAGGAAAUUGGAUAUGAUUUAAAUCUAGACAAAGUUAGUCCUUCUUAAAUGCAAUUUCUUCAAAGGACACCCAUUUUUGAUAAAAGACAACAUAUCUUGCUCAUUUGCUAACUUGAAAUAGUUUUUACUUAAGAUAUAAAACUAAAUACUAAAUCCACUACCCUGCUCAUUUCAGUAAAACAUUCUCAAGGUUUCUUGUUUUAUUAAAAAUCUUAGGGAUUUUUAUAUCAUUGAAUAUGGAUUUUAUUUUACGUAAUCAUCCCAAGGGACAGUAAAGUAACAUAACAUCCAUCAAGGAUAAUUAUUUGUUGUCAAAUUAUAACGAUUGAUGUACCCAAAAGUCAAAAUAUCAUGUUUUUAAGUAAAAAUAUUUGAUUUUUGUUCCCUAGUAAAAAUUUAUUUUAUUUGAAUUGUAUCUGAACGGAUACAAUUGUUUGGAAAUAAUUGGGGGGAAUGGGGUUUAGAGGGCACAGCUUUUUUGAUUUCUUACGUUUAGGGAAAAUUUGGUUGUUCUUCCAUAUAAAAAUGUCAGCAUUGUAAUUUUCCACGAAAAUAUGUAAAUGUAUUAUGUCUAGUAGAGUAGAGAAGAGGCCAUAUAGUUUCCUCGUUCUUGAUGUGAUAAAGUAUUGUUAAUUAUGCGGAUUAAAAAAUUAUACAUGAAAAUAUAAAUUGGUAACUAGGUA